GCGUUGACAACGAAGGUUCGUUCUAAUCGGGGGUAAGUUACUGGCCGCAUUGCAGCGUAGUGACUACGCGCCAUGGAAGAAAAAAAUAAACUGGAGUCCAAAAGAAUUUCCGGCCCUAAUCCUUUGAAGACUUCUGACGUGAAAAGUAUUUUCCAAUCAUCUGAUGCUGCGGGUUCCGAUGCAACAAGUGAUAUUCGAUCGAGGCGUGAAUCAAAGAACACCCCAAUGUCACCUGGACCUCCAAGAGCGCCGCAGCUUAGUAGCGAUUCUACGUCCCCUCAGCAAGAGAACUCUCAAGAAAAAGCGGGAUUAAACACCUAUAUUCUGUCGCCUGAGCCAAAAAGUGGUUUUAAGGUAGCUGUAGACAAGGUUGUAGCAAGAGCUCCUGCGGACGGGAAUGUAGCUAAAACACUUGAAUCCAAAAUUUUCGGUAAAAAGCCUAACGCUAAACAUAGUGACAAUGACUGGAAAACUAGUAAGCGAUUAAUUUCGCCUCCGUCUGAUAGCCAGACAAUGAGCAGCCUGUCGACGACAACAACGAGCGGUAGUAGCUUUACUCCCGCGGGUCAAAAGCGAAGCCCAGCAAGUGAUCGGCAAGACGAUUUGCAGAACAUUUUCGGCGAACACGUUGAUCCACAGUCGGUCAGUGCCACUUCAAAACCAAAAGGUGUCUCCAAGGCGACAAUACUUGUCAUUGUCGUUGUCAUUAUAGCCGUUGGAAUUAUCGCGUACUUUGUUAUCAAAGGCAAAAAGUUGGAUGAAAGCCAAGCUAUUGAAUUAGGGAAGGCUUCGUUUAAAGAGUUCAGCUGCCCGAAGACUAUUACAGCUGUGGACGCAUUGGCGAUGAAAGUGUCCACGGAUUUGUCGAACGCAGAAACUUCAAGCGGUCUUCGGGUUGAGUGGAUAGUGGUGUUUCGUAUACCGGUAAACGUGACGGAAAAUCAGAAUAUUCAUUCAAGCUUUGUUUCAAUGGUGUUCAGCAGCACAAGAUUUAAAAGCAUGCUGUUGUUCACAAUGGACAGGUGCAGUCGUAGUUCCCAGCGAAUUUUCCUAUUUCCUGAGGCAAGCGAUGAUAUAACGAUAGACCGAUUGAACCUACAAACUUGGUUCGACCAGAGGGCGCAGCUACUGCAGGACUACAACUGCAGCAUUGAGUUCCGUGUGUCUGAUACUGGAAGAACGGAUCUAGUGGCCACCGUUGUAGUUGCAGCCGAAUUAGACUUAAGCAAACCACUUUUGCAAGUGUCAACUUGUCUUCAUCAAACGUGCCGAGUCAUUUACGAAACGACUGCUUUGGAUUUGCUGAACGAGGGCUUAGAUCUUUCAAAAGUGGAUCUCCUUCUGCAUGAAGGAUGGGUUGGUCAGGCACCUAUUGGGAGAGACUACAAGAUGAUGAACUACGUUACCGUUGAGACAAAGUGCGUAGGUACAAGUUGACCCAGACAAUGACAACGUACCACGAGUACCCAUGUUCGUUCAAUGGAACUCUGCCUUUGAAUCUAAAGCAAGUCGGCUUGUGGUAAGCAAAUAAUAAAACAUGUGGUUUUUUUUUAUGUUCAUUACCUGCAAUGCUUCAGUUUGUUAUUUCUUAAUUACCUUCGUGAUUUCAAUACCUGGUUUUUACAUAUAAAUCUGUUAAUGCCUACCGGCAAAAUUUGCAAUGAAGACUAGAAAUUGAUCAUAAUCACUAUCAUUAUGUCGCUAGAACAAAUCAGAACGUCGAUCUUCUGUCAACCAUGAAACGAGAUAACGAGCCGGCACUUUUUGAGCAAGAGGUUGACUACUCUUUAAUGCAAACAUUUUAAGAAUGUUUUAAACCUAAGCUUGCUAUACAGCUUACAACAGAUGGGCGCCAGG